GACGCACAAUCGCUCUUUCAACUGUUUUCACCCUCGCUGCAUUUCGAAAUUCCUAAGAAGUCAACGAGACAAGGUUGGUUUGUAUUAGCAGAGCAGUUUGUCCCAACUUCUAAGAAUGCUUUUUGGCAAACGAUUCGACGAUGGACGUUCGAGCCUCAGCUUGUUAUUCCACCAAUUGAUAAAGCAGAUGUUGAGGAAAAUAUGCUAUCACAGAGUCAUGAACAUUGUAGCUCCACCGAAAGUCCUGUCGAAUCUUUUACCAGACGGCUUUAUCCUAAACGGAAAUCAAAAGAUCCUGUAUUGGAGGAGACUGUAGAGUAUUAUGAAACCUCUAGGGAAAGCAGAGUUGUGUACUUACCCAAACCUCCCGAGGAAAUGAAGCUGCCGUUUUAUUACCCAAAA